AUGGCCGAAAUCGUGGGGCCGGCUGCCGCUAUCGUCGGACUUAUUAAUAUCAUCGGAAAAGCAGCCUUUAUGGGCCAUGGCUACCGCGAAAAGGUCAAAGGAGCUUCAAAGCAGAUUAAGAAACUUGCAGACGAGCUCGAUUCUCUGAAGAUAGUCCUUAUUUCUCUACAAGACUAUAUUGGUCAAGAUCCAGAUUCGUCGCAAACACUCCGGGGGCUUGAGCCCUCGCUCAUAAGCUGUAAAGAGGAUGUACAGUUACUUAUUACAAAGCUGGAAAAGCCCCAGUCCGGAUGGAGGUGGUUCUUCAGGCGACUUAAAUGGCCUUUGGAUGAAGCAGAUACUCAGCAAACAAUUGAAGUGCUUGACAGGCUCAAGAAUACUUUUAGUCUCGCACUCAACGCCGAUCAUAUCUCCAUGACACGACGAAUUGAGCUAAACACAAAAGGGAUGAAUAACUCCAGGAGAAUGGAACAACGUCGGGUUGUGUUGGGGUGGAUAUACGCCAGACAUUUUUAUAAGAAGCAUCGCCAGAUCAUAGAUCGCCGGCAUCCUGGUACAGGUAUGUGGAUAUUGAGAGAUACAGGAUUUAUGAAAUGGUUCUCGGAUACAGAUUUCCAAAUACUUUGGGGCCACGGUAUUCCCGGAGUGGGAAAGACAUUUCUGAGCUCUGUCGUAAUUGAACACAUUGAAGGACAUCCACAACUGAAAGCUAGUCGUUAUGGGCUGGCCUAUAUUUACUUUGACUUUAAAGAGCAAGAUCAACAAACACCCAUACUUGUUCUCGCAAGUCUAGUGAAGCAACUCGCCAGUCAAAUUCAUUCUCUCCCGGUGGAAAUUGAACACCUAUACAAUACACUAGAGCCAACAGGCAGGACUCCAAGCUUCGACGACUUUUACAGGAUUCUCCUUGUGGCCAAAAAUGCUUUUUCUAGAGUGUAUCUCAUUUUUGAUGCCAUAGAUGAGUGUGCCGAAGAAAAUCAAAGAAAGGAGAUACUUCAGUUAUGUCAUAAAAUGGCACAAGACGGAAUGAAGCUAUUUGUGACUAGUCGACCGCACGCAUCAAACAUCCAGGAAUCGUUCAAGUACGUGGCCAAGAUCAAGCUCAAAGCCGAGAAGGAAGACAUCGAAAGUUAUGUCAAACAAAAAAUCAAUGAGAAUCUAAGGUCAAGACUCUUCGUCUCGAGGGUAAAAAAUAAAGUUAUAUCCGAUCUAGUUGAAUGCUCUCAAAGAAUAUUCCUCCUUGCCCGAUUUAAUGUCGAAUACAUUUGUCAACAGACUAGCACAGAAAACAUCCUAGACGCGGUAGACUUGUUGAGACGUUCAUGGUCUAAAAGUAGGCCUUUGAACGCUGCCUACGAGAGAUUUAUGAAAAGGAUUCAACGAUUAGAAGAACAGAUCCGUACAGAUAUAGCACUUAAAGUUCUCACGUUGAUUGUUAGGGCUAGGCGGCCGUUGACAAUUAUUGAGCUUCAAAACGAAGUUUUUGCGGAUCACAGACUCAGGAAGAUAGGAGUACUAGAUGAAAGAACACUCCUUGACGUCUGUGCCAACCUGGUUUUCGUUGAUGAUACUAGGAGAAAGCACGUUCGUUUAAUACACUAUUCAGCGCAAGAAUAUCUUCUCGAAUAUCCUCUCCUCAAUAUCGCAUCCUCGAAUGUCAGCUCCCCAAACACUACCCCAUAUAACACAGGCCUCCCCGAUAUUACUCCUUCGAGAAUUACCCCCCAACCACAAGGAUAUAGGAUCUUCAGGCCUGGUGUUCAAGAAUACUAUAGUAAUUCGGAAUAUGGCGCAUCCGAUGACUCGGACCGUGAAACAGAAACAACUCAUGACUCGGGCAUCGAAAUACCCGACUCCCCGAGGUUUUCCUACUCCCAUGUCAGAGUCAACGCUGAUCGUGUGCGUGAAGAUGACGAAACCACCGUAACCACCGACGUCAUAUACAAACAGAUGAAAGAAUGCGAAGAGGUCAUAAACCGCGCGGAUGAAGAUCUCAGGAAGCAUAGAGUGCGCCUUUACCAGAAAAUGAUAAAGAAACUUAAAAAUGCCGAGCUACCAAACGGUGCAGAUUCCACCGAUGCUCACAGCCGCCGAAAGCUGGCUCGGCGGGAGAAAACUCGAGAAUCAAAGGAGGGAGAACGUCAAGGGCGAGAGCGAGAAGCAAAAGAGAAAGAACGAGAGCGAGAGCAAAAACAAGGCAAAACGAACGUCAAGCACGAGAGCGAGAAGCAAAGGAAAGGGAACGUCAAGAGCGAGACCGAAAAGCAAGAGAGAUGGAACAACAAAUGCAAGAUCGAGCAGCACAAAUGCGAGAACGAGAAGCAAUGGAGAGAGAACGCCAAGAGCGAGAGCGAAAAGUAA